UGUUUGAAAAUGGAUCUCGAUCCGAAGUACACGUUUACUCCUCUCCUUGCAAGACAAUAUAUGGGAAUUGAUAAUAAAGAUACGCAAGACUACUUUAGAAAAUGGGGAAUUCACGGUAAUAUUGGCAUACAAAAUUUUUCCUUCAAUGAAGAAUUUCAACCUUAUAACAAAUAUCAGAUAGCUGAGGCAUUCUUUAAAGAUGACAUAGUCGUCAAAUCUUUGUUACAUAAGGAUGGAGAUUCUUGGAUCAAUAAAAGUAUUAAAGCUGAAUGCGUCGAGGUUUGCACAGUAGCAUGCACAAUUUUAGACAUGUCUUUCUUUGAUAAAUUAAUGGAUCCUGAAAACAAAAUUGUUUUUAAUACAGGAAAAAUUCGACAGCGAUAUGAAACCGUUGUUGAUGAUUUUGUUAUUUGUGAUAACCUCAGAGGUAUGUUGCUUGAUACCGAGUGUCCGGAAUACAAUUUAUUUACUGAUGAAGAAAGACAGGAAUUCAUAUUCCGAAUUUUUGAAUUAUUAGUACUUGGUGGAGUUUUAUGUCAAUUUGAAAACGAAAUAAAGCCUUAUUUAGAUAUUACCAGAAGCAUCUAUAAAGAUUUAAUUACAGUUCAGUUGCACGAACAGGGUCAAAAUUUAUCAAUAGGAACGACAGUUUUACAAGUUGUUGCGAAGAAUUCUCAAGGCGAGGCAUUUUUCCCAACCAAUUCAGAGCUCCGACAAAAUAUUGGAUUUCUCUUAAUAGAUGGCUUGAAUCGACAAAUAACGACAUUUUUACACCAAUUUGGAAGUUUUCAUUGGUAAAUAAAAUCGAAUAAGUAUAACGUGUUAGUAAUUAAAUACUAUGGAUUAUUUAUUUGAUGAUAUUUAGUUAAUGGAAUGCUAAUGUGAC